AUGUCUAUUGAUGAGUCGAAAUUAAGGGAGAUACGGGAAUUGGAAAGAAGGCAUGUUGAAGUGUAUUAUCAAUUGCUUCAAACAUUAGACGAACUAUAUCUACUGAAACAAACGAAGCAUGACAUAAAAUUUAAUGAUAGAGAAGUAGCUCUUCUGGAGCUUAGAAACCAGGCUCGUUUCUCAAUGGAUAAAUCAGUUGCGUUGUUCAAGACCAAUGAACGAUUGAACAAAAUGAUAGCAAACAAACAAGAUUUGAACGAUGUACAGAGUGGUGAAGAUAGAUUUGCUAUAAACUUGAAGAAAGAACUAGACAGAAGCACAGCGAUUGAUGCCAAUGUAGAGAAUAUUCUAGAAGAAAAUAGGAAUCUGGUAUCUACUUUACAAGAUGAAACUGCUAUUUACAAUGACCUGACGAAAAAAUUACAACAAUAUCGUCCUGGGAGUACCAACCAAACAACCAAUACAGCGACAAAAUUGGCAGCUUCUCGAAAUAUCACACUUGAUGGCGACACAAAAGUAAGCAAUGAAAAUGAGGUUUUACAACAGUUGCUAAUAGCGUUAAAAGUGCACACGAAAAGUGGCGUUAACCAAUGGUAG